AUGUCAAUGUGCGCUGGGGGGGGGGGGGGCGGUGAGGUUUGGCAGCUGUGGCAGCAGACCUAAUAGGGGGACCGGCAGGAAUAACACUCGAAAAUCCCCCAGGAAGUCAACCAUUAAGGUGAGCCCUAUCUCCCCGUCCUCCCAGGCUCCUUGUCUACAGUGUUCUCCGGUUGCCGGGCAUUAAAGCAAACCAGAGUUUUGUUUACCGAGUCUACGAUUACAAUACAGCCGCCAAAUAUUUGCUAGUCACCAGUUUCGCAGUGCCACUAUAAAUACUUCAGCCCCAGGUGGAAGGGCUGAGAGUUGGCAGAGGAGAAGUAGGGGGCUGAGCUGCAGUGGACAGGUAAGUGGAGAGACUUGGGGAAAGAAGCCCUUGCAAGGGGAAUGGCUGUUGCUCAGGGGUAAAGCACUUGCUUUGCGUGUAGGUCCCAGGUCCAGUCCCCAGUAUCUCCAGGUAGGGCUGGGGGAAAGACUUCCUCUCUGAAACACUAGAGAUCUGCUGCUGCUGCCAGCCAGUGUAAGGCCAUACAGGGUUAGAUGGUCUGAUUUAGUAUAAGGAAACUUCCUAAGCUUUAAGGAAGAGCUGUAAGUCAGUGGUAGGGCAUCUGCUUUGCAUGCAGAAGGUCCCAGGUAGGGCUAAGAAAACCCGAAACUCUGGAGAGCUGCUGCCGAUCAGUGUAGACACAACUGAGAUAGAUGGACCAGUGAUUUGACUCAGUUUCAGUAUAAGACAGCUCUCCGUGUUUGGGGAAACAGCAGUAGCUCAGUGGCAGAUUCAGUUUCCAGCAUCUCCAGGUAAGGCGGGGGGAGACCCCUCCCUGAAUCGCUGGAGAGCUGCUGCUGGUCAGUGUAGCCAUUACUGGGCUAGAUGGACCAACUGUGCGAUUUAAUAUAAAGUGGCUUCCUACGUCCCCUUUUCAACUGCCCCAAACUAUGAAGCCAUCUGUGUACCUGGUCUGCAAAUGCACAAGAAAGAGACCGUUUUGCAACUUAUUACACCUGUGGCCUGUCUUUUAUCCGAGAAGCUCAAGGCACAUACCCGGUAAUACCCUCUUCCCACCUGGAUUUUAUCCUCACCACAACCCUGUGGGGUAGGCUAGCCCAAUAAAUAUCAAUUGCCUCAAGGUUACCCACCAAGCUUCAUGGCUAGACAGGGAUUUGAACCUGGUUUCCCCCUGUCCUAGUCCACAGGGCCUGGAAGACAGAAGUUGUUCCACCUGGCCUUUGGCUUGGAACCAGCCUGAUCCGCUCCCCUUCUUUCCUUUUCCUUCUGUGAUGGAACCCCUAUUUGGGGACUUCCCUGGCUUUUCUGGCCCACGUAGGACCAGUCUGGAUAGUUGGCCUUGGUGAAGAUUUGACAUUUUCUCCCCCCAAACAGUUUUUGAUCUGGGCUUCCACUGAAAUGAGGCUGCAUUUUAAGUAGCAUUUUAAUCUUGUUUUUAAGUUGAAUUUUAAUCAAUUGUUUUUAUACCUGAUGUUAGCCACCCUGAGCCCAGUCUUGGCCGGGGAGGGCAGGGUAAUAAAUAAAUAAAUAAAUAAAUAAGGGACCCCCCCCCAGGAGGCAGUGAAGGCCACCAAUUUCUGGAGGCUGUCAAUUAAUAUAUGAUUCUAUGAUUCUAUGACGACUAUGUUCUGCCUCCAUGGAUGGAGGCAGCGAUGCUUCUGAAUACCAGUUGCAGGAAACCACAGGAGGGGAUAGUGUUGCUUGAGGGUAUUUGGGUGGUCACUGUGAGAACAGGAUAUUGGACUAGACGGGUAACUGGCCUGAUCCAGCAAGCUUGUCCUAUGUUCUUAUUUUGGAGCACAUAAGCCAGGCAUUAGAAUGAGGACAUUAAGCAUAAUGGUAGAAUUCUGAGCUGAUCCCACUUAACCACACAUACCUGUUGUCUAGAGUGUGUACAGAUGAUGUCCUAUUUUCGAAAGCUCUCCUGCAUCUAAAGCUCCCUGCAUGGAGCACAGUAGCAGACCAGGGGGAAAGGGUCGCUCAGGGACGAAAACUUCCAGUAUUAUUGGAUUACAACUGCUCACAUCGCAACCAUUGGCCGUGCUGGCUCGGGGUGAGGCGAGUGCAGCAGCAAGGACUGCAAGUUCCCUGUCCUUCGUCUAUUGUUUUCCCUAACAGGUGAGCUUUCUGCAUGCAUGGAGCUUUUGAUGUGGGGGAGUUUAAAAUAAAAACGGCAUACACCCUACAUGCAGUUUGAAGUAAAACAGUCAGUUUGGAAUAAGUUCCACACUUCUAAGAUGCCAUUGGGGACCAAGGACCCCACCCAUGUGAAAGGGGCAGAUAAGUGGUAGAAGGUGGUGAUUUAAAGAGAAUUAGAAUAGGUAUCACCUUAGCAAGGAAGGGACAACUGUGACCAGGUGGCCUAUUUGCUUGCUCUGGUCUGCUGUCCAGAUGCUCAUUGUUGGCAGAUGAGUUUAAGCUCCUCCUCCGUUUCCUUUUAUCAUUAAAAAGAACAGCAACUUUGAAGUCAAUUUUCUAUUAUUAUUAUUAUUAUUAUUAUUAUUAUUAUUUCCUGUUAAUUCAAUACACCCCUCCCUGGCUGGCCCAGUUUCACAAACACUCAAACCAGCUCCUUUUGCCUGGCUGGAAUGUGCCCUGGAAGUCUGAUAAUGCCUCGUUUGUGUGGAAGAUGUAAAGGACUUUGCCAGUGCAUGAAGAAAUUAGCUAGGGUGGUGUAGUGGUUAGGGUUGGACCUUGGAAACCAGGGUUCACAAUCCCCACUCAUCCACGAAGCUCACUGCGUGACCUUGGGCCAGUCACUGCCUCUCAGCCUAACCUACCUCACAGGGCUGUUGUGGAGAUUAAACAGGGAGGGAGAGAGGCAUGUACGCUGCCUGGAGCUCCGUGGGGAGAAAUGGUGGGACAUAAAUAUAAUGAAUGAAUGAAAAUGAAUGAAUGAAUGAAUGAAUGAAUGAGUGAGUGUACAUUUGUGGCUUUUGCCUCUGGCCUUGCCCACCACUAGCAUGGGAGCCCGAGAAGAUUGCCUAGAAGGGAAUGUGGCCCUCAGACUGGAAGAUUUACCCCAACCCCUGUUUUAUGGUUUCUGGGAGCCACAGAGCAAACCCAGUAGUCCCUGGGCUGUUGCGGGGAGGGGCGGGGAGUUCUGAUUUGUUUUUGGUUUUUGGACCCCCCCCUUUUUAAAUUACAGUGUACUAAUUAUGACUAGUGGGUGCUCCAGGAAUAUGUUAAUACCUCCUCCUAAUUUCUCAGUGGGUCCAGUUCUGUCAGCACUCAGCACUCAAGUUCCCUGUUAGAGGAUGACAAUAACCACAAAAGAUAGCUAUACUGUGCAUUCCCUCUCCUUGGCAGACACCUGACGCUUUGUUCUCCUCGCUGUUUAUUUAGUCCAGAUUCAACCACUUGUACAGCGUGGAGAUAGGAGCGGGGGAAAUGGCCGCUGGGGUAAUACAAAGCCUAAGCAAAUUUAAGCUGCCCACAGCAUUCCGGAAUUCGUUCCUAUCCACCACAACCUGCCAGGAAAUGAUUUUCCAAGACUUAUCGGAGGAGGAGGAGGAGGAGGAAAUGGAGGCGGAAGAGGAAGAAGAGGAGGAGGAGGAGGAGGAGGAAGAGGAAGAGAGGGAGGAUAUGGAAACAGUAAGCAAUUCCGCAGGUUGCAGUCCAGACAGAGGCGCUGCCGACUCCGGCUUGAGCAACACAGAGGUGACGCUGCAGCUCCUUCGGUUCGCUGAGCGGAUCAGCGAUGACAUCCAGAGAUAUUUUGGCCGGAAGAGCAAAGAGGAAGGCUCAGAGUCCUGCAACAUCUACGAGGACCGCCGCUCCCCUCAGCUGUCAGGGCAGGUUCUGUACUAUGCUGACCUAGUCAGGAUUUCCCAGAUUGGGGAAGAAGACGACAGCAGUGACCUCCCUGACCCCUCAAAGCCCCCAGCACAGCUGGAGAGGCAGCUGUGGAGAUCUUUCUGCAGCAAAGAGGAUGCAGAGAAGAUGGGUCCUCUGGCCGAGCUCUUUGAAUAUGCUCUGGUCAGGUGCGUCAAGCAGCGAGCCUCCUCUGAGAACAGGAAGCUGAGGCUGGAGAGGAAGUAUGGCCACAUUGCCCCCAUGCAUGGCAGGAAGUUGCCCCAGUCCUUCUGGAAAGAGCCGUCCCUCAGCCCUGUCUGUAUACUCAAUGGCAACCCUCCAGAUUUCAGUGACCUGCUGGCCAACUGGACUUCCGAAACCUGCCAGGAGGACCUGAAUCCCAGCCGAGAGCAUCCUAGCGAAGCAAACCGGAGGGUGGUGGACACUGACCAUUUUGGUGGUCUAUGAGGGUUCAGAAGGGUUGCAACAUCUGAAUUUUUCUCACAUGGGCUCCGGCCCUUUCCCUAUUGCAGGGACUAUUAGCCCUGUGCCCACCAUGGCUCCCAUGAAUAUCCCCUCAAAAAUUGACAAUGCACAAGAUUGGGGGUGGGAGCAAUGUCUGCACCAUUUUGUGUUCCUGUCUCUUUUUCUACUUUUUCAAUUGUGGCAGCCAUUUUCUUUUAUGCCAUGCCCCCUGUUUCGGCCAUUUUCUCUCAUGCCACACACACCCGCCGCCAUUUUGUGUUAUGCCACCCACCCCCAGCACUAUCUCAAAAUGUCAUUAUCUUCCUACUGGCCCCCAAAAUGUCAACAACCCCUGACCUAUUCGAGACCUGGGAGUCUCCCUUCUCUCUUGCUCAACUUGUAUAAUUGUAAAUAAAUAUUGGGGGGGGGGAAUGUGACUCUCCUCCAAUACUUUCCCCUCACAAGGGAACUGACUCUUUCUGUCCUUCUGGGUCUAGGGGAGGAGGGGUGGAGCCAGAGGGCAGAACCAGUUACCCUGGCAGGCUCACAACUGGACCCAAUCUGUGGUGGCUCUGGAGGCAGAAGCCUUUUGGGAUGGAUUGAAUGCAGCAAUGGGGAACUUGUGGCCCUCCAGAUGUUGCUGGACCAUCAUCCCUGGCUGCUGGGAGUUGGAGUCCCGCAUUAUCUGCAAGGGCACAGGCUUCAUCUCAAGUCCAUUUGUACCAGGUGUGCCAACUCUAGGGGGUGGAGGUGUAAGGAUGGGAGUUGAGAGCUUUGUGUGCCACCUUGAACACUUUGUAGGAAAGGUGUUUUGUAAAAGUAAUAAUAAAUAAUAAUAAGAAGAGUUUGGAUUUGAUAUCCCGCCUUUCACUCCCCUUCAGGAGUCUCAAAGCGGCUAACAAUCUCCUUUUCCCUUCCUCCCCCACAACAAACAGUCUGUGAGGUGAGUGGGGCUGAGAGACUUCAAAGAAGUGUGACUGGCCCAAGGUCACCCAGCAGCUGCAUGUGGAGGAGCGGAGACGCGAACCUGGUUCCCCAGAUUACGAGACUACUGCUCUUAACCACUACACCACACUGGCUCUCAGUGUGUAAAGCAAUACUGGCCUGUUUUACAGGUGCUAUGUCCUUUAUCUUAAACAAAUCAAGAGG